AUUGUGGAGUUGCAUCACGUUUCUGCAUUCAUUGAGUGGGAAGGAGGGGAUGACAUCAGGUGACCUCGUCGAUGAUUGGGGGGAGGAACUCCCAACUUUCGAAACUACCUUGAUGGAACCCCUAUAAAAAGCCAAACUUUCGGCACCUGCUUCAGAACCUGCCUUCUCUACAAAGACUUAAGUUCCUACCAAGAACUAAUCAUGAAGUUGUGGAUAAUUGUAUUCUUAGCUCUGUUGGCGCUAGCAUCCGCCAAUAAGUAUGGUGGUGGUGGCGGUUAUGGCGGAGGUGGCUACGGUGGUGGUGGACAUGGUUUAGGAGGAUAUGGAGGUGGUAAACGUGGAGGAGGAGGAGGAGGAGGAUACGGCGGAGGAGGAUAUGGAGGUGGACACCGCGGCGGCGGAGGCGGUGGCUAUGGAGGCGGUGGAAAAUUAGGCGGUGGAGGUGGAAGAGGAGGAUACGGCGGUGGUGGCUAUGGAGGCGGUGGAAAAUUAGGUGGCGGAGGAGGACGAGGAGGAUACGGAGGUGGCCAUGGAGGCUAUGGAGGCGGUGGAAAAUUAGGUGGCGGAGGAGGACGAGGAGGAUAUGGAGGUGGCCAUGGAGGCUAUGGCAAAGGACGAUAAGCAGCAUGAUAUAUACCACUGAAAGCCAAAAACUAAAUCAGGUGUUUUUAUAAAAUUUGAAAGAAAGAUAAUUACUUCUACACGCCAACCAUCAUCUAUUGAUUCUUUGUCUAUGCAUGGACUUUUUGAAGAGUGUGAUAUUCAUGAUCGAUCACAUGGAACACUUCGGUUCACCAAUUCUUUGUCUGUACAUUGACUUGAAAUAAAGUGAUAUUUUUGAUAUU